ACAGCAGGGCUGUGUCAGUGCCAUUGGAUGUACCCAUCACUGCCUGCAGAGCCCAGUCCAGUGCCAUCCCCUGCAAAGCCCAGGUAAGAUAUUUGGUGUAGAAAAAGCAUGCUGUGACAUCUGCAACGUGGUCAGGAUGAGGAUGGUGUCAGCUCUGGGGUCAGCGAGACCAAGGGACCGUGCUGCUGUCCUGGUGCUGCUCCUCACUGCUGCCCUGGUGGUGGGCACCCAGGGUGCCUGCAGUGCUCCGCCACGGUUCUCAUUUGCAGAACUGAAGGAGGGCUACCUUCACAACAGGACGUUUUCCACCUCUGAUGUGGUGGAAUACAACUGUCGGCCGGGCUACAUGAGAAAUACCAUGGCCCGGAACACUUUCAUUUGUGAAAAGAACAGGUGGAAAGGAUCGAGCAACUUCUGCUUACCAAGACCCUGCAGUUACCCAGGAGAGCCGAUGAAUGGCCGGCUUGUGGAAGCAGAGCAGUUCACCUUCGGGUCCACAGCAAACUACAGCUGUGACACUGGGUACAGACUGAUUGGAAAUUCCCAGAUCAGGUGUGUGAUUAAAGAUGGGCACGUUGCUUGGGAUGGAGAUGUUCCCACUUGUGAACCAAUUCCAUGUUUACCCCCACCCGUAAUAGCAAACGGAGAGCACAACGGAGGCCACAUCGAGCUCUUCACUUACGGAGCUUCUGUCACCUACCACUGCCACGCUGACAUCAGGGGGAGGAAGCAUUUCUCACUGGUGGGGGAUGCCUCUAUUUUCUGUACGACCAUCGACAAUGUGAACGGCGUCUGGAACAAGCCAGCCCCGGAGUGCAAAGAGGUGAGCUGCAGGGAGCCCCAUGUGGAGCACGGCAGGCUGCAGAGCAGGUACAGAGCUGAGUACACCUACGGCGACACCAUCAUCUUCGACUGUGAAUUCCGCUACGCGCUGCUGGGCAGCGACACGGCCACGUGCCAGGAGGAUGGCAGCUGGGAUCCACCACCACCACAAUGCCAGCGCAGCAGCUGUGAUGACCCUCCUGACGUGCAGAAUGCUGUUAAAGCAAGACUUGCGGGCAAUUUAUUUCCUAUUGAGACUGUCAUCACUUAUGAGUGCAAGACGGGCUAUGAGUUCAGCCCUGGAGUAGUGAUGGAACACAUCAGUUGUCAGCCAGACUAUACAUGGACUGAAGUUCCACCGCCCUGUAAAAGAAUUAGUUGCCCAAAUCCAGCUACCAAGACGGGAAUGCAAAUAAGCUUCUGGGACAGAAAAGACACAUAUGUGUUUGGAGACAGAGUCCGAAUUAUUUGUGACCCUGGCUAUGUUUUCAAGGAUCGUGAUGAUCAUGUCAUGCUUCAGUGCACAAACAAUGGCACAUGGAACCGGGCAGCACCAGAGUGCAUUCCAGAACCUCAUUGCCCAAAGCCUGCCGUUGACCACGGAAGAGAGGCUUAUAACAGCAAAAAUGAUUACACAGUUGGGACUAAAGUGAGGAUAGAGUGUGAUGAAGGCUACACGCUCAGUACCCAACAGUUGGUCACAUGCCAGGCUGAUGGGAACUGGUUUCCCUCGUUACCCUACUGUCAGAAAGCCUGCGGCCCUCCUCCACAAAGCACCAGUGGGCUGAACGUCAACGCAACAUCAUCAUCCUUCCCAUAUGGCUACAGAGUGGAAUAUAGUUGUGCUGCUGGGCUGUCCCUCAUCGGGGAUGAAUCCCUCUACUGCACCUCCGAAGAUGGAGUGAACCUGGAAUGGAGUGGCCCUGCCCCGGAGUGCAGGGUGGUUCACUGCCCCAAGCCCGUGGUUGAGAAUGGAGAGAUGGUUACGCUGAGGCACACAUUCCCCUAUGGGACAUCUGUGAGCUUCUACUGCAAGGAGGGCUUCAUGCUGCGCGGCAGUGCUGAGAGCCGCUGCGUGGCUGAUGGCACCUGGCAGCCAGCCCUGCCCAAAUGCCAGCCAGUUAAGUGUCGUGCACCAACGAGCAAGGAGAACCUACAAUUUUUCCCUGUGAAGGGGGAGUACGAGUUUAAGGAAUCUCUGUACUUCUCCUGCAAGCUUAACAACAAUGCAGCAGACAGGGCAUUAACCACCUGCUCUACUAACGGCUCCUGGAUGCCACCACCCAACUGUAAAACAUUUUACGUACGCAAGAAGAUUGAUCAAAUAAAGGAAACUUUUGAUUGCGGAUUGCCUCUGGCAGAACUGAGAACUCUGCUGGAAGUACAGAAGCUCUACCUGGAGAUCCAGAAGCUGGAGAAGGAGCUGGGAGCCAAAGGAGGCCGCUGGUGGCCGUGACUGGUAUUGUGGUGGGCAUAGCAGUCAGUGAAGGAACAGAUUUGCAUCAUAGGAGGAAUCGGAGUCCUUUGGCUCAUUCGGGCAGAGCUCGCUGCGUUAGGUUUGUGCAUCACUUUAUGCCUUUUAAAGCUUUACAUUUAGGUCUGCUAUCCUGAGAGGUGUGCGGUCCGGAAGGAACGGAUCUGAGAGUAAAUUGUCCGAGUCACACACGUGUAUGGAGAGCCACCAGUCACCAUUUCCAGCUGCAGACCCAUUCGGCCCAUCGCUGCGUGCCAACAAGCAUUAACAGCCUAAUAAUUAGCCACAGCCUCCAGAGCUACUUGGUACAAUGGAGAGAUCCUGCAGGCAAAACUGAACGCCAGCUUUUCCUCCCGAGUUCUGAUCUGUCCACACCUCUGUGUGCCCCCUGCAUGGAAAGAAAACUGGAAGGAAAGAAGUGGCCAAAUUAUUUCUGCAGUGUCCAGGGAAGGGGAAGUGCUCUGCUAACUCAUACUGUGUGACCAGACCGGUGUUCCUCCGCUGCUGCAUUAUAAUAAAGCUGCAGUUCUAAUGAC